UCAAAAAAUAAAAUAAAAAAUAUAAGAAAUUUCACUUCCUUCAAUUCGAGGACGAAUCAAAUUUGUUUAAAAAGUAGGUAAAAUUCAAAGUUGUGAACCCAAAAACAAAAGCAAAAACCCAAAAUCUUCCACAAAUAUUUAUACAUGUGAAAAUUGUUGUUGAACAGAAAGAAAAAAUAGUGCAUCAUAAGUCAGCUGCGAAGUUGUGGAAAAUUCACUAACGCAAAAAAAAAAUUCAAGAAAUUACUGAAGCUGGGAAAAGUGUAGUGAAAGAUUUUUUUAUACCAAGAGGGUCCAAUCGAUUUUGCUUUUUUGCAAUAAGGACGUUAGCAAGAGUACAUUUUGUUAGGGUUGAAUUCGGAGGGGGUGUUAAGGAAUCGAUCCUUACACCGACGUCCAAUUGGUUAAACUAAAUCAUCCUAGUGACGUCAUCAAAUAUAUUCGCCACGCCUUGAAAUGAGUGGCAAAGUGCGUUUAAAGGAAAAUGGGUACCUUGAUGAAGAUCCGAUGACCCUACAAGAUAUAAUAUAUAAAUAUAUAUGCGAGAAUUUGGAUGUAAUAAGUUAUGAAGAAGAGGAUAUGGACGGCAGCAUACGCCAUCUAAAUGAUGGUAUUGUUCUUCCAAAUGACAUUUGCGAUCGGUUAUUGGAAGCAUACCAACGCUUUCGGCGUCAAUUGAGUGAUGAUGUGAUAAAUCUUUUCCAACAUGCGACACGCACUUCGUUAAAAAUAGUUCACUUGCGAAACAGCAGUCUGUCCAAUAAAGGUCUAGAGGUUCUUAUGCGUCACAAGCCGUAUUCACUUACGAUAUGGUACUGUAAUCAAGUAAAUGUGCACUCGGCACAUUUGCUGACGCUGUACGGUGAGAGGUUGCGUUCACUUGAGCUCGGUAUUAAUGCGCAUAUGUUGCAAAACUUUGAACCGAACGAGAAGGAACCUGUGGAUUUUCAAUUUAAUUGCCCGCAUCUACGUCGAUUGGUUUUGAAUGGAGUAGUUUUGCAUAAUGGCUUACAGCUUAACUCGCUAUUCGAACUAACCCAUCUUGAUUUGACAUCAUGCAUGUUAGCUAGCUUCAGCUUGGAAGCGUUAGCUACUCUGCCGCUGCUUCAUACACUUAUAUUAUUUAAUGUAUGGCCGAUUGCUAAUCAACUUCAAGCAAUUUGCAUGCUACGUCGUCUGCGUACAUUGGAUAUUUCGAUUAGUAAUUCUGGUAAUGGGCAUGGUACCUACGAUUUGCCUGAUCAAACACUGGAAAUGUUAAUGAACAACUUACGUGAACUCACACACUUGGAUAUAUCAGGCACAAAUCUAGCGGGUAAUGGUGUAGCAACGAAAGAAUCAAAUUUUAAAUUGCGCACCGAUAUACCGGGAUUAGAGUCACGCAUACAGCGACCGUUACAGUUUUUAGGUCUUUAUCAUACGGCACAUUCGGCCUGUAAACGUCAUGAUAUACCGGCGAUUGAGAUCGCUGGCGAUGCUAAUGAACAUCAGAUUCUGACAGCUGCGAGGUAUUAUUACGAUAGACCGAUGCUUUUAACGAGGGUUUUGAACGACUUGUACCACCUUUUUCGCUUUGAAAUUUGUAAGGACAUACAUCUUGCUUUGGAUGCUGUGCUUACUGCAAUGGAUAGACAUUUGAAAUUUAAACAUAUGCAAAUUUCUGGAAGUGCCACUCUCUUCUACAUAGUAAAAGGACGUGAUCGGUCAAAAUUCGGCACUCCGUUGCGAAACCACAUUAUUCGUACGCUGCUAAACGGUAUGGAAACACAUCUUUCUGACGACACGAUGCUUAGAAAUGGUUAUCUAACGUUAACGCAGUUUCAAAUGCCAAAUGACGUGUUGUUCGAAUAUGAGCGUCUUAUUAAAGUCUUAUUGCAUGGAGUAUCGAAAACGGAACAGGAAGGCUUUGUGCAAAGGAUAGCAAUAUAUUUGUUGAACACUCUGGCGUGUCAAGUGGAUGGCAAACAAAAGCUGUUUCUAGGUGAACUGGGUGUUGUUAGUACAAUGUUAAGUUUAAUUAAAGAUCGUUUAACUCGUUCCGUAUUUGAUGAUGUCAUGGAAGUUGCAUGGUCAACAAUGUGGAAUGUUACUGAUGAGACUGCAAUCAAUUGUAAGAGGUUUUUAGAGGGGCGCGGAAUGGAAUACUUCUUAAAAUGUUUGCGCUCUUUCCCUGAUCGUGAGGAAUUGCUGAGGAACAUGAUGGGACUUUUGGGUAAUGUGGCUGAAGUAAAAUGGCUGAGACCAAAACUUAUGACACAAGAAUUCAUUGAAGUUUUUGCCAAACUAUUAGAUUCUUCGAGUGACGGAAUUGAAGUAAGUUACAAUGCUGCGGGAGUGCUGGCACAUAUCGCAUCGGACGGACCUAGCGCGUGGACAAUUGAUUCGCCCACACGGGAUAAUGUACUGAUACGAAUGGUGGAAGCUAUCAAGCGUUGGGAUAUAAAGAGUGAAAGAAAUAUUAAUUAUCGCAGUUUCGAACCGAUUUUGGGAUUAGUUCGAUGCUAUGAGACACCACAAUGCCAACAUUGGGCUGUUUGGGCUUUAGCCAAUUUGACGCAGGUUUAUCCUGAAAAAUACUGUCAGCUGGUGAAGCAAGAACAUGGUAUUGAAAUAUUGACUGAAUUGAUUGAACAUCCAAGACCAUAUGAUGAUAUAAAAUUGAUUGCGCGCAAAGUUAUUGAAAAAUGUACACAUUGGCCAAAUUGGUUGCUUGAUGGUUAAAACGUAAUGUUGUGUAGGCGAAAUCAGCUAAUGAGUAGAUUUGUAUGAGCAAAUAUCGGAAACAACACUCGCGCAACGACGAGUAGAAGUAAUCAAAUGAACAAAGACAACUGUAAUGAAUUUGUUCAGCUUCCUCUUAAGAAAUGUUUAUUUUUAAAAGAUGUUUAUUUAAAUUAUAGAAAAAAAAAAUUAUAAUUAUUGAAUAAUGUAAAAUUAUUAACGUAAGAAUGAAGUGGCGACAAGAAAUGCAAGGGUUAAGCUUAAAAAUAAAAAAGAAAAACAGUAUAUGGUCGACGUUGGCAGUGUAUGUAUAGAUAUAAGCACGAAUAUAUCGUUUUCAUAUUUACACUGCAUGUAUAUAGAAUAUGUUUGCUCGAAUUAAGCUAUUUAAUAACAAAUUGAAAAAAAAAAUCUCUUAACGGCUCUAGAGCAAAAACAAAAAAACAAAAAAAAAUUUGCUUAAUGAAUUUUGUGCGUAGGUGUGGUUUUUUUCAUAAUUAACUCUAUGAGAUUAACCACACACUUAAAAUGAGAAAACAAAGAGCAUAAAGAAAAUAUCGAAAAAAACUCCUCUAGGCAGCGUUCUUAGCUGUAAACUUAUGCAUACUUAUGUGUAUGUAUAUAUAUGGUACACUUAUUGUUCAUUACCUAGGUCAUGUAUCAAAUGUAUUUCAUACAAUAUUAUUUCAUAUUUGCAUACGAAUACAUUAUAUAACACACACACACAAUGUAAAAUCAAGUACGGAACGCAUAUUAAUUGUUCUGCUUAUUUUCAUGUCAAUCAUAUUGUAAAUAUUCGACAUAAAACAUCCGUUGUAGUUGUA